UUCAAAUUCUUGCAUCAACGGCGAUCGAUGAUGUAUACAUCUUCUUUUGGUGGUUUUGGGGUAAAACCCCCCAACUUAGGAGGGUUCACAAGCAUCCCCUCAUCUUCAUCGUUGGAUAAUCAUCGAUCAAUCGGAUUCUUCAAGGACCAUGGUCCUUUGUUGUUGUUAUUGAGGAGGCACAACAACAUUCUUCCUUUUGCUAAAGCUGGACCUCCUGAUUGGGGUCAGACUCCACCAUAUGCUCUAAGGAACUGGCAUCUACCCACAAAGAAAUUGUCUAAAUCUCAAAGGAAGCCCAGCAAACUUUCAACUUAUAGAAGAAUCCUUGCACCCGGAGGAAUGAUUCUCUUGAAAAGAUACAUCAGCCUCAAGGACCAGGUUGAUAUAGUGAAUAUGUGUGACACGUUGGGUAGGGGGCCUGGGGGUUUUUGUUACCCUGAAGGUGAAGACUAUAAGGCACAGGUUGCAUAUAUGCAUCUUGGUCGAAGGAACCCAACCCAUUCCAUCUAAAUUUAUUUCAUUGGCCGCAUCUGCACUUGAUGAUGCUCGAGCCUAUCUUCAUGAUCAACUCCCUUUAGUCUCCCCAGAUACUUGUUUAGUCAGUUCCGAUUCAAGAUAUACCCCAACUCACCUUCACCUUCACCAGGAUCGCGAUGAGAGCGGAAGAGGGUUUCCUGUGGUUCACAUCUCUAUUAACCAUCCUACAAAAUAUGUGUAUUGUCUAAAUGGAGUAGAAGGGGGCUCGGCUAAGGACAAAGUUAAAGGCUUAAAAAAACUUGAAUUGUGCUCUGGUGAUGUAUUGAUAUACGGUGGCAAGUCCAGACUUAUUUAUCACGGUACGCUGGGUAUCUGUAUAGUAGGGCCUGACCCGCUGCAUGAAUUAACCACUGUUCGUCCCGGCCAUCUAAGCCUUACUUUAACGCGCUUUUAACCGAGGAAUUUUCAUCUCAAUCUCAGGAUCAUGGUGUUUGAUGUUUGCGUAUCUGUCAAGGAUAGAAUGUUGAACGUUUUUAGUGUUUUACAUUGGCUUCUUUUAUGUUUGACCAACAAAAGGACAACAACUUCUAUUUCUAUAACAAGUAUUCUCAAUUGACUUAA